CUGUGUACUCCAUCAAUGGCGGAAGCGGCUUAAGUCUUUUGCUCUGCUUCGGUUGCUAAAGCUGGAAGCAAAGAAUAAAAGUAGAAAACAGACGGACAAAAGGAAGAAUAGAAGCAACAUAUGCCCUGUUCUCCUCAAGUCCAAGUGAGUCGACUGAUUGAAGACAGGCUGCUGUGGAUCCUAGCCAUGGAUGAAAAGAUGACACCUUUGGACUGCCUGCUGCCCUCAGGCAAACAGAGGAUCUGUCUGAUCAUACUGAACCAGCCGCUGGAUAAGGACCACCUACAUAUCCUCUGGAGUAAAGCUCUCUUGAGGGCAUGUGCUGAUGGAGCUGCUAAUCACCUUCAUAACAUCACAGCUGGGGACCGCGACAGCUUUCUCCCCGACUAUAUCAGUGGGGAUUUUGAUUCCAUUACAGCAGAGGUCAAAGCUUUCUAUGCAGACAAGGGGUGCAAGCUGAUAGAAACAGCUGACCAGGAUCUUACGGACUACACCAAAUGUCUCACAAUCAUGCUGGAGGAGAUUCAGAAGCGACAACUACAGGUGGAUACAAUAGUGACACUGGGUGGUCUGGCAGGCAGAUUUGACCAGGCCAUGGCAUCUGUGGAAACCCUCUACCACGCUCUGUCAAUGACACAACUCCCACUGUUGAUCAUACAGGGAAAAAGCUUGGCAUAUCUACUCAGACCUGGCAGCCACAGACUGGAGGUGAAUACAGGUCUGGAGGGAGACUGGUGCAGCCUGAUUCCAGUAGGUGGACCCUGCCAGACACUCACCACUGGGCUCAAAUGGAACCUGAAUAAUGAGGUCCUGCAGUUUGGCAAGCUAGUAAGCACCUCCAACACUUAUGAGCCCACUGACCCCGGAAAGCCCAGGAAGGCCGUAACCGUGACCACAGACCAGCCUCUUCUUUGGAGCAUGGGCAUCGGUAAAAACGGGGAAUGACAAAGAAGAGAAAUCCUUCUUAAUGGAAGUGAAAAAUGUGGAAUUGUGACCUAGUUUCUCCAGAUCACCUACGGGAAAAAAAAUCUCAGGUUUUACACUUACAUUUGAACAGGCUUUUUAAUUUUUGUUCGCUCAGAUAUAAAUGAAAAAUCUAAUGCUGAAAAGCUAAUUUCUUUGCUGUAACCAUGGUGACCACUGUCUUUUGAAUAACAUACUCAAACCACAAUAGUCAUGAAUGCCAAAUUAUUACUACUCUGAUGGUAACGUGAAGUGGCACUAUACAGUUAAACUCUAUUCCUACCUUGAGCUUCUACACUGUAGUGUUAAAUUCAAAAUGAACAAUUGUUUUAAUAUCUGCACAUUAUUGCCUACGUGUGUCCAGAUAUCCACUAUGCAUAGCAGCAUCCUGCAUGUGCCUUUGAGGUCAAGACGAUGGGCCUGCCUUCUGUGGCUGUUAGCAAUCUCUAUUGAUUAAAUCGAAUUGAGAACGCCUAAUUAAAAGUGCCUUUUGAUGGCAGAUUUACAGAAGGUAAAAACCAAGCUACUGUAAAAAGGUGCUGUGUUGAUAGAGUAGACGGGACAUAUCAGAUUUCCAAUUAUUUUUAUUUACACAGUGACAUAUAAAUGUUGAGCACAGAAUGUAAAAAUGCCAUCCCGACAAUCCCCCCCCCCCCAAAUCACACCAGCUGUUAACACUGCACCGCCAUCUCCUGUCCCCACGUGAUGAAGUCUGAUUGAUCAGGACCUAACCACCACUAGAAGGAAAAACACAGAAGGGGAUGUUAAGUUGGACAACACAAAUGCACCUUUUUUUCACAUAUUCUCACUUUUUAUAACAGCCUAAGCAGUAUAAUUAUGCGGUCUUCUACUGUACACAAACAAUUGCCAACGGUACCGGUGUGACUUUUUAAAUCCUGUGUUUUGUGUAAUAAAAAUGAUUAA